AAUGCAACGGUUUUAUAUAUUUUAGGAGAAGAUAUAAGAAGAGCUUUAAGAUGGUCUGAAGGCCUCGAUAAUGUCUUCCAACAAAAUUACCUUGCAGAUCCUACCAUUUCUUGGCAAUAUUUCGGCAGCCCUACCGGAGCUCUACGUCUCUAUCCAGCGUUGCAUUGGAGGAAGCCAAGGCAUCCUGACCAUGUUGACACAUUCGACUGCCGGACACGUUUUUGGUACAUUGAAGCUGCAACAUGUUCCAAAGAUGUUGUCAUACUUUUAGACAAUUCCGGUUCGAUGUACGGAAUGAGGAAUACAAUAGCAAAACUUACUGUUUCAAAAAUAUUAGACACCUUUAGCAAUAAAGAUUUUAUUAAUAUUGUGAUUUUCAACACUACAGUAAUGGAAGUUGUGCCUUGUUUCCCUACUGAUACGCUUGUCCAGGCGACACCAGAAAAUAUUAUGACUUUUAAAAGAAGUUUAGAUAAAAUAGAACCUGAAGGUAAAGGAGAUUUUCCAGGAGCUUUUGAAUUUGCAUUUAAACUUUUAGCUAAGGUAAGAGAGAAUAAAACAUGCGAGGAAGGUGUUUGCAACCAAGCUAUUAUGCUUAUAACUGACAGCAUACCUGAAAACUUCACCUUAGUCUUUGAAAAAUACAAUUGGUUUGAUAAUCGUACGCGUAUACCUGUCCGAGUCUUUACAUAUUUGAUCGGGCUUGAAGUCAUGAAUAAAAGAGAAAUCAAAUACAUGGCGUGCAUGAACCGAGGCUACAAUGUACAUAUAAAGUCAUUGGAAGAAGUUGGGAGUCAAGUUCUUAAAUACAUUCCUGUGAUUGCAAGGCCAAUGGUGCUCCAAGAAGUUGAACAUCCACUGACAUGGACGCAUAUGUUCACAGAUGGAGCGGGUGACCCUGAUGAAGAUGAUGAUCUGGAAAAUGAUGUCAGUGAAAAAAUUCAGUACAGAUUCAUGACUUCUGUUUCAGGGCCUGCGUACGAUCGAGCUAAUCUAAAAAAUAAUGAGUCAAUUCAGGCUUCCUUACUUGGCAUUGCUGGAACUGAUGUUCUUAUAUCAGAUAUAAAAGGUCUCACAGUACCUUACAAGAUAGGAGCUAACGGUUAUGCGUUCCUCAUUACAAAUAACGGAUACUUGAUGUUUCACCCAGACUUAAGGCCUCUUCAUAACGGCUUGAAAAAACGCAACUACAACAGUGUCGAUCUCACUGAGGUGGAAUUUUUAGAUGAUGAUAAUCCAGUUGCAAGAGAUCCAAGCCCAGAAAUACUCGAGUUAAGAGAAGCAAUGGUUACAGAAACAGAAGGAAGUCGGUUCGGUUUGAAGAUUAAAUUUCACUAUGACAAAAAGAGGCGUGUGGGUGUCGAAACGAGGAAUUAUUUCUUUGCUGCAUUAAACAACACACCUUUUACUAUGGGGCUUGUGCUUCCUUACUCAUAUGGAAAUCAUUGGAUAAAGGCUGGCGAUGAAAUAAUGAAAUCGCAACAAAUGGGUAUUCCUUUGAUCAAUCAUUUUAAAGGAAAUUGGAGAAUUCAUCCUGAAUGGAUUUAUUGUGACUAUCACAGGACAAAGCUGGUUUUCAGCUCAUCAGAAGAUAAAUUGGUACAUUUUCUAAAAAUGAUGUCAAACCCAAAUUGGGUCUGGAAGGAAAAAUAUUCAAACGAAGAGGAAUAUUCAAUAUAUAACUGCACCAGGCCAGAGGUCAAAGAAGGUGAAUAUUACUGCGAUAAAGAACUCUUACAAUUGUUGGUUUUUGACGCUAAAGUCACAGAAGGCUCAUACAGAUCUACAAUUUGGGCUGCUAAAAAUCGCAGAGAGGAAGAGUUAGCAGCCAAUUUUGGUGCAUCGUUGCGUUUUGUAGCUACGCAAAGUGGCUUAACUAGGUGGCAAAAUAUACCAGAUCCCAUCGAUGAUAAUGACAAAUCUUUUGGUAAUGAACAUAAAAUGGCACUAGAUGAGGUUUGGUAUAAAAGCGCUGUUUUACACCACCAGUUAGACCCUGAAGCGUUCGUUUUCUCCGUACCUUUUGAAUCAGGAGAGACUGAGAAUCUGACUGUCACAGCGAGCUAUGCUAUUUUCCCAAGGGACGGCGGCAAUGAAGCCCCUGGUUCUGUCGUCGGCUUGCACAUUCAGCAUAAAGCUUUAUUGAAAAGAUUUAUGUCAAUAACGUCAAACUCUAAACAAUGUCCGAACUGCCCUACAUGUUCAUCGGAUGAAAUAGACUGUUACAUCAUUGACGGAAAUGGCUAUAUAAUUGUGUCUGAAACACUCAACGACACUGGAAGAUUCUUUGGAGAUGUUGAAGGUGCUAUAAUGGAAGCUAUGGAAGCUAAAGACAUAUUCAGAAAAAUAGAUAUUUUCAACUAUCAAGGAGUUUAUUAUUUCCCAGUGGAGUCUUCCAGCGGAGUGGACAUUUUAUGGACGCCUUUUAAAGUUGUUUUCUUGUUGAUGAAAUAUUUCAUUGGAAAUCUAAUAUGGACUCUGUUAGAGAAUUCUUUAUUUUACAAAGUACAGGCUGAAUUUGAUGAUUAUGACUACUAUAGUGAGCUUGAGUACAUACCUGUUGAUACUUUCAAAGAGGAUAUUCCGGAACAGUUCCAUACAAGAUUGAAAGAUGAAAAGCCUAGGUUCACUAGGGAGCCCUGUGAUGAAAAAGGUCAACUGUAUUUACUUCAGCAGUUGCAUAAAGUUGGAUACCAUUCUGUAGAAUCAGCAAACUGUUCUCGGCCAUUUCAUGUCAAACGGAUUCACCAUACGAAUUUGCUUCUCAUUGUCGUCGAUGCACUUUAUCAGAGUUGUUAUCGUAAAGUGAGUGCAAAAAUGACUAAGAUAGAGUACAAUGAAUCUGUUUCUCUGAGCUGUCAAAAGCUCAAUCUCAAUACAUUACCAAGAAGAAGACUGUCAGGCUGUUUCAAUGCCCAUCCAUUGGAAGCUUUCAUAAAUGACUGUGGUAAUACAGGGCUGUCUAUUCAUUCCAGUUCAUGUUUGUUAAUUACGCUCUUACUUUUAGUCUUUCAUGACAAUUUUUAUGCGUUUAUUGUUGAUCAAAUGUUAAAUUAAGUUGAUAUUGAGAAAUGCCUUUUUAUAAAAUAUACUUUGAUUGAUUAUUCAAUUUUA